AUGUCCAUCCUCAACCACCUCCUCCACAUCACAAACUUCAAAUCCCCCCUCCUCCGAACUGUAGUCCCCUCCGUCGGCGCCGCGCUCGCCAUCCAAUUCGCCGCCGGACUGCCCAGCGUCCUCGCAGGCACAGAACGAUUCUUCGACUUCUCCGGCUCGCUCACCUUCCUCGCCGUAGGGGCACUCAGUCUCUAUCUUCCCCAGCUACGAAGCCGCGUUGGAAAUGCAGCGCUACCAAAGCUCUUUGCAAGCAGUGCGUGGAAUUGGAGACAGAUAGCCCUUACAGGAAUGGCAAUCACAUGGGCCACACGACGUAUGUAUCCCCUCCCCUCGUUAAAAGACCGCAAAAAGACAUGUAGUAGUCGAAAAUGGCAUACCAACAUCCACGCAGUAGGCAUAUAUCUCUUCCACCGCAUCACACAAGAAGGCCACGACGCACGCUUCGACAAACUCCGCACCCAGCCCCUCCGCUUCGCCUUCUCCUUCUUCAUGCAAGCCAUCUGGGUGUCGCUGAUGCUCAUGCCCGUCAUGGCGGUGAAUGCCGUUCCCGCAGCGGCGCUCGCUGCCGUCCCCCGCGUGACUGUCACGGAUGUACUUGGGAUUGGGGUCUGGGCCGGCGGUAUUGCGCUGGAGACGGCCGCGGAUAUCCAGAAGAGUAGGUGGGUGGAGGGGAGGAGGAAGAAGGAGCACGAUGAGCAGUUUUUGAAGACGGGUCUUUUUGGCCUGUGUCGGUUUCCGCAUUACUUUGGCGAAAUUUCGCUGUGGACUGGCCUCGCAACUACCUGUGCGGGAGUGUUGGCCUUGAAACCUGUUCAGUUGGCUCUGGGAUUUACGUCGCCGGGUGGUAUUCUUGCCACGACGGCGCUGUCGUUUAUUGCGCCUGCGUUUUCUGGGUUUCUGUUGACAAAGGUGUCUGGUAUACCGUUGACGGAGGCACGGCACGAUGAAAAGUAUGGUGAUAGAAAGGAUUACCGGGAGUGGAAGAAGAAUACGCCGAAGCUGUUGCCCAGGUUGUGGUAA